AUGAAGUUUAGUCUCGUUGCUAUCGCUAUUUUUCUGUCCGCUGCGAGUGCCGAUAAUUGCCACACCGGGAUAAAAUAUUGCGCUUAUAACCUCAUUGGAAAAGGCGACUACCAUUCUCAUGUCAAGACGGCCAUGGAGAACCAGUUCGGCACCAAGAAUCUGAAGUACCUUAAUGCCGACUACGCGCUGUUCAGGUGUAACGGUCCCAAUGAUAUUACAUUCGCCAAGGACUGCAACACUUACUGCCAGGUUGGCCAGGAUGGGCCUCACAACGACUACUGUGACAGUUAG